AUGGCGAAGCCUAACACAACGGGCUUAAAUUUAAACAAAGAGCAUUAUGGAUCUAUCAGCUGCGAGUUGGCUGAGAUUCGAUGCAAGAACACAUUGAGCAGGAGCAUGAGUUCAUGUAUAACAAGAAAAUUCUCCGUUUGUUUUGGAAAGUGGGUAAUAGUAAAUUCAGACCGACGGCAAACAAUGAAAAGAACAGCUUUGUCGUCCAUUUUCCUGUUUUGUAUCUCUCAUCUGGUUUCUGGGCUGGUCCGAUAUGCCAUUCCCGAGGAGCUGGAGCAGGGUACAUUUGUUGGGAAUAUCGCUAGCGAUUUCGGUUUGGAAUUUAAAGAACUGUCCGAUCGUAGAUUACGAAUCAUCUCUGGUCGACAUCUACAGUAUUUCGAAGUGAAUCUGAACAACGGAAUUCUAGUUGUAAAUAAAAGAAUAGAUAGGGAAGAACUCUGCAGAGAUAGCCCUACUUGCGUUAUUCCACUGGAGAUGGUUACUGACAACCCGGUGAUUCUGUAUCGUGCUGAGGUCGAAAUUCGGGACAUAAAUGACAAUUCCCCCAGUUUCCCUAAUGGUGAGAUUUACUUGGACAUUUUUGAAUCAACUUCACCGGGUAUGCGCUUCCCUUUGGAAGGCGCGCACGAUCCUGAUGUGGGUGUGAAUUCAAUACGGACCUACCAACUCAGUUCGAAUAAACACUUCGUUUUGGAGGUACAGACCCGCGGUGAACGCAAAUUAGCUGAACUCGUCCUAAAGAAUGCAUUGGAUCGAGAAAAAGAAGCCCUGCAUCAUAUACUGCUUACUGCCAUUGACGGUGGUUCACCAGAGAGAUCUGGCACUGCUCGCAUUACCGUUGCAGUUUUGGACGCAAAUGACAACUCACCUAUAUUUCAGCAGUCGUUAUACACGGUCAGCUUACCCGAAAAUGCACCGGUGGGUACAUUGGCCAUCAAACUUAACGCAACGGAUACGGAUGAGGGGUCAAACAGUGAUAUAGAGUAUUACUUUAGUAACUACAAUCCUGAUAAAGUGCGAGAUCUCUUUAGCUUGGAGCGCAAAGGCGGAAAUCUUAGAGUGAAAGGACUGAUCGAUUUCGAAGAAGACAAAAGCUUUAAGAUUAACAUCGUGGCUAAGGACAAGGGUUCAUAUGCAGUUCCAGUGCAUUGUACUGUUUUGGUGAAUAUUGACGAUGUAAAUGACAACGCCCCAGAAGUGAAUUUAAUGUCAAUAUCCAGCACGGUCCGAGAGGAUUCUCAGCCUGGGACUAUGAUAGCCGUGAUUAAUGUAGUUGAUUUAGAUUCAGGCGAUAAUGGACAAACCAAUUGUCAUACUCCCAGUCAUUUUCCAUUCCAGCUGAAAUCCUCUUUUAAAGGUUCCUUCACUUUGGUAACCAGUGAUAUGCUAGACAGAGAAAUUGUAUCCAAAUACAAUAUAGAUGUUUUAUGUAAAGACGCUGGGUCACCUCCUCUCUCCACAAACAAAACCAUACUCGUUCAAGUAACAGACAUUAAUGACAACCCGCCGCAGUUUUCGCAACCUUCCUAUAGAGGCUAUGUUAUGGAAAACAACACUCCUGGGACUUCUAUUUUUUCAGUAACUGCAGUGGAUUCAGACUUAGGCAAAAAUUCACACAUUUCCUACUGUAUACAGGAUACUCGGAUUCAGGGCGUUCCUGUUUUAACAUACAUUUCUAUUAGUUCAGAAAACGGUACCAUUUAUGCACAGCAUUCAUUUGAUUACGAACACAUGAAAAACAUUCAGUUCCAAGUGCUGGCACGGGAUGGUGGAUUAGUAACGCUGAGCGCCGACGUUACAGUAAACAUGAUUAUCCUGGAUCAGAAUGACAAUGCACCCGUAAUCGUGUCCCCUCUGUCACACAACAGCCCUCAGAUAACUGUCCCACGAUCUGCUGAUCCAGGCUAUUUGGUUACAAAGGUAAUUGCAACGGAUGCUGAUUCGGGACAGAAUGCGCGUCUUUCAUAUCGAGUGGUUCAAGAUGCGAACCCGGGAAUGUUCAUUGCUGGACUGAGUUCUGGGGAAGUCAGAACAAUUCGCCGAUUUGGAAGUCAUGAUUUUACAGUGCAGACCCUUGUUAUCAUUGUGCAAGAUAAUGGUUACCCAGCUCUAUCAACCUCUACAACUAUAGAACUCUCCAUAACGGAUGCAAAUACAGAAGUACAUUCUGACCUUAGGAGCGUGCCGCAGUCUGAGGAACAUUCGUCAGAUCUAGCCUUUUAUAUAAUAAUUUCUUUAGGUGGAAUCACAUUCCUUCUUAUGAUUGGUGUGAUAGUCCUUAUUGCCAUGAUGUGCCAAACGGACCGUGCCAGGCAUCUCGCAAAUUGUUGCCACUUAGGGCGAAACAACAAGAAUAAGGAGUUCAGAAAUCCCCAUAUUAACUCUCAAGUGGCAACCGAUUCUAAAGUCAUUUCUAAUUGCAUUGAAGUUCGUGGAACAGGAUCCCUUUGCCAAACGCAUAGCUACAAGUUAUCUUCAGAGGAAGCGACAUCCAAUGCUUUGGCAUAUCGACCAUGUGGGCCCCCAGAAUAUAAAAGUUAUGUUAAAAAUGUCGACAUUGCUUUUUCGGAAUGGAUUGAGACCAGGGCAAAUAAUUUGACCAAUAACACUGAUGGGAUGGCGCAUUCAGCAAGAAUAUUUCUGCCGAGAAAGGAAGCGAUGCCGUCCAUUUUUCUGCUUUGUUCCUUGUCUUUGGCUUCAGGGCACAUUCGGUACUCCAUUCCCGAAGAACUGGAACAUGGUGCUUUCAUAGGAAACAUUGUUAAGGAUUUGGGAUUAACGCUGGAGGAACUAUCAAGUCGCAAAUUUAGGAUUGUUUCAGACUCUUCAAAACAGUAUGUGAACGCAAACAUCAGGGACGGUAUCUUAUUUGUAAAUGAAAGAAUAGACAGGGAGCAAUUGUGUGCUCAGACCGUUACUUGCGCCCUGGCAUUAGAAGUGGUGAUUGAAAAUCCAGUACAACAGUAUCGAAUUGAUGUUGAUAUUCUGGAUAUAAAUGAUAACUCCCCGAGAUUCCCACAUGGCGAAACCUGUUUGGAAAUUGCCGAAUCGGCGAUACCUGGAACGCGCUUCUUGUUAGAGAACGCGCAUGAUUCUGACGUCGGAACUAAUUCUGUCCGUGAGUACCAUCUCAUUCCAAGUAAGGAGUUCUCGUUAGAUGUGCAGACCCAUGGAGAAUGGCAAUUAGUCCAUUUGGUACUGAAGAAUUCACUCGACAGGGAAAAAGGUUCGACGCACCAGUUGCUAUUAAGAGCUAUUGACGGCGGGACACCGGAGCUAUCAGGUACUACGCAAAUAACAAUCACUGUAGUAGACAGCAAUGACAAUGCACCCGUUUUUCAACAGUCUCUGUACACGGCUAUUCUAAUGGAAGAUGCCCCGCCAGAAACUGUGAUCAUUAAGCUUAAUGCAACCGAUUUGGAUUACGGGUCAAACAGUGACAUAACUUACUCCUUUAGCAGCUAUAAUAAGAAAUGGGUCCGUGAACGUUUUAGCAUUAAUCCUAAAUCUGGAGAAAUCAGAGUAAAGGGGAUAUUGGAUUUCGAAGAAACUGACGCUUAUGAGAUUAAUGUUGAAGCUAAGGACAGCGGCUCCCCUCCAUUAAUAGCACACUGCACCGUUCGGGUGAAUGUUAUGGAUGUGAAUGAUAAUGCACCGGCAUUGACCUUCAAUUCAUUUUCUAGCAAAAUCUCUGAGGACGUUCAGAUUGGGACUUUGAUAGCGUUGAUCAGCGUAACUGAUCGGGAUAGCCAUAAGAAUGGACAAACAGAUUGUCAGAUUUCUCCAACCCUCCCAUUUGAUCUGAAUUCUUCAAUUAAGAAUUCAUACAGGUUAGUCGUAAAAGAGCUUUUGGAUCGGGAAAGCACUGCAGAAUAUGGGAUAUCUGUAACGUGCAAGGACCAUGGCACCCCACCAUUGUUCACUAACAGAACUAUCGUUGUACAUCUCAAGGAUAUAAAUGACAAUGCGCCAAGGUUUCUGAAAUCUUCAUAUACCGUCUAUGCGAUGGAAAAUAAUCCGCCUGGCGCUACUAUUGGGUCAGUGGCAGCUUUGGAUCCUGACAUGGACCAAAAUUCGCAGCUUUCUUACAUUAUUCUAGACAGCCAGAUUCAGGGGCUGCCUGUGACCUCAUAUGUGUCUAUGAAUUCGGAAACUGGUAUUAUCUUUUCACAACGUUCAUUUGACUACGAACAACUUAAAAGUUUUGAGUUCCAAAUUCAAGUUCGAGAUUCUGGAUUUCCGUCACUGUCGAGUAAUGUGACUGUAAAUGUGAUUAUCCUCGAUCAGAAUGACAACGCUCCUGUAAUAAUAUCAGUCGGGUCGGCCAAAAUAACGGUUCCUCGAUCUGCUGAUCCGGGCUACUUAGUUUCCAAAGUAAUUGCAUCGGAUGCUGACUCUGGUCAGAAUGCGCGGCUUUUCUAUCAGCUUGUCCAGACCACUGGUCUAAGUCCCUUUACGGUUUCCCCUGGUUCUGGAGAAGUCCGAACUACUCGCCUACUUAAAGACAACCACGCAAUCUCACACCGGCUGGUUAUCCGGGUAAAAGAUAAUGGCCAUCCAGCCCUUUCGGCCACUGCCACUGUCACAGUCACAAUAAGUGAACAGAGCGCAGAAAUGAAACACGUUUCUGUGGAACCCCAUAGGGGUUUACAAUAUUCUUCAAAUGUAGCUUUUUAUAUAAUAAUUACGUUGGGGUUAACAUCGUUCAUACUCUUGAUUGUUAUAAUUGCCCUUGUUAUCACCAUUUGUCCAACGGACAGAAGUUCGACUUAUUCUCAGAGUUGUUUUCUCACCAAUUGUUGCUGCAAGAGGUCGUUGAACGCUACCGAACAUUUACAUCAUUCGGAUAUCAAUCUUCAGGUUGUGCCGGAUUCUAACUUAGUUACAAAUGUGCUUGAAGUUCGAGGCAACGGAUCCCUUUCUGACACAUACCGUUAUAAAGUGCGAUCAGCUCUGGAACCAAGUACAAUGGAUUUCAUGUAUAUGACAUCAUCCAAUCCAGCAACGCCAGGAGCCAUAAGGAAAUUGACGAGAACAUCUAAGUCAGGACAGAGUGCAAAGUCAACGAACAUCUGGACUGGUGGUCCUAGUGAGGUGAGUCACAACGGACUCCUACAUUAA